AUGGAAAACAUAGCCUGUAAUGGGUCAGAGAACUCUCAGACCAGCUUCUACCUUACAGGCAUCCCCUCUCUACAAAAAUCGCUCUUCCUUCCUGUCUUCUUCAUCUUUCUCCUCCUCUACCUGCUCAUCCUGGUGGGGAACACCCUGAUCCUGGUGGCUGUGGUGGCCGAGCCCAGCCUCCACAAGCCCAUGUACUUCUUCCUAAUCAACCUCUCAGCUCUAGACAUCCUCUUCACCACAACCACUGUCCCCAAGAUGCUGUCACUGCUCCUGCUGGGGGAUCGCUUCCUCAGUUUCCCCGCCUGCUUCCUGCAGAUGUAUUUGUUCCACAGCUUCUCCUGCUCAGAAGCCUUCAUCCUAGUGGUCAUGGCCUAUGACCGCUAUGUGGCUAUCUGCCGUCCUCUGCACUACCCCGUCCACAUGACCCCACAGACAAACACUGCACUGGCAGCCAGUGCCUGGAUCACCGCCCUCCUCCUGCCUAUCCCAGCAGUGGUACAGACUUCCCAGAUGGCGUUUGACAACAUUGCCUACAUCUACCACUGCUUCUGUGACCACCUGGCCGUGGUCCAGGCCUCCUGUUCAGACACCAGUUCCCAGACGCUCAUGGGCUUCUGCAUCGCCAUGGUGGUGUCCUUCCUCCCCCUCCUCCUGGUGCUCCUCUCCUAUGUGCGAAUCCUGAUGUCAGUGCUUCGGAUCAACUCCAAGGAAGGGCGUUCCAAAGCCUUCUCCACCUGCAGUUCCCAUCUCCUGGUGGUGGGCACCUACUACUCAUCCAUUGCCAUAGCCUAUGUGGCCUACAGGGCUGACCUCCCUGUAGACUUCCACAUCAUGGGCAAUGUAGUCUAUGCAAUUCUCACCCCUGUUCUCAACCCUCUCAUCUACACUUUGAGGAACAAAGAUGUCAAGGCGGCCAUCCUUAAAAUGACAUGUCACCAGGAUCCAAAGAGUACUGGAAAGCCCUAAA